AUGGACAAAUUCGGUUUGCAAGCAUUAGUACCGCUGCUCAAACAAGAAGACAAAGAACUUUCAAGCACAUAUGACCAUUCUAUGACUUUAGGAGCGGAUUUAUCGUCUAUGCUCUAUUCGUUGGGUAUUCCAAGAGAUUCACAGGACCAUAGAGUUCUCGAUACUUUCCAGUCACCGUGGGCAGAGACAUCUAGAAGUGAAGUGGAGCCCCGAUUUUUCACACCGGAGUCCUUCACCAACAUUCCCAGCGUAUUACAAUCCAACGUAACUCCACCAUGUUUCAAUUCCAUUCAGAACGAUCAACAGCGUGUAGCCUUGUUCCAAGACGAGACUCUAUUCUUUCUUUUUUAUAAACAUCCAGGUACAGUCAUCCAGGAGCUAACGUAUUUGGAACUCAGGAAAAGGAAUUGGAGGUACCACAAGACCUUAAAGGCCUGGCUCACCAAGGACCCCAUGAUGGAACCUAUCGUGUCUGCUGAUGGGCUAAGCGAAAGAGGAUCAUACGUGUUUUUUGAUCCGCAAAGAUGGGAGAAAUGUCAAAGAGAUUUCUUGUUGUUUUAUAAUGCUAUUAUGUAA